UCUUUCCCUCUCACGUUUUCACUCCCCCUCUCUCUCUAACCCUAAUACGCCGUCGAUGUCACCAUCAUUGCAGGGAGUCACCGUCGCCGCCAUCCCUAAUCAGUACCGCUGUCACCGUCGCCACAGUCCCUAAUCAGUACCGCCGUCGCCGUCGCGUCCAUAGCCAAUCAUUUGAAAUGGCCGGUGAAAAGAGGGCUAAGAAAACAAAGAAGGCUAAGGAGACGGGGGUUCCCCAAAGACCACCAGAAAACCUUGUGAUUAGAGAUAGAAAGCUUCAAGACUCCUCACAGAUGAGAUGGAAAAACUAUUUAAAGACUCACCUACUUGGGGCUAGAUGUCACCAAAUCGCUAGAGACAGAUCUUUUAUGCGUUUAAGGAAUCUUAUCUGCCUCUUGGCUAAUUUCUUGUUCACGUGCAUCAACCUGAUUCAUUUCCUGCAUAGAGUGAGCGCUAUGGCCAUGGAGCAAAAGAUUGCUGAGCUAUCUAGCCAGCUACAGGCCUCGGAGGAAAGGGAGAGGCGGAGGGACAUGCAGUUUGACGGUAUGAGGGCCCAAUUAGACGAAUUACUUGCUUCGAGGGGGAUUCCCUCGUGUCCUGAUGAUGCUCGUAACCCCCAUACUCAAUCUAGUGGUGCUGAUGAUGAUGGGACUCACGUGUCAAACACACAAAGGCAUGUUUGAAUGUUAAUGUUGUGGUGGAUUUGUGGAUUGUGUAAGUGUUGUGGAUGUUUGAGGGGUGAAGUAGUCUAAUGUUGUAGACUAACUUAGUGUAGACUAGUUUAAUGUUUUGUGGAUGUUUAUAAAGGUUGAAGUAGUUUAAUGUUGUGUUGAUGUUUGCGAAGGUUGAAGUAGCUUAAUGUCUCACUACAACAUUACACAUAUAUAGCUACGAAAUACAGCGUAGCUAAACAUGAAAAUUUCUGUAGCUAAACACUUUAGCUGCAAUAUUUUUUUCCGUAGCAUUUGUAGCAAAAUAUAGCGUAGCUAAAGGUUAACUACAGACUUUACAUGGUCCGUGGCUAAGGACUAA